UUGAUUUCUUCGUCUUUUAAAUAUUGCUUUAAGAAGCUUCAUUAAAACGUUAAUUAUAUUUUGAAUUCUGAAUAGAUAUCACUCACAAAUAGUACCUAUAAUCAAUUCGAAUUACCUCUAAGUGCAUUUACCAUAAAUAGAAAAUGUCUGAAAAACAUGCAAAGAAACAUAAAGGUUCAGGACCUUCGGCAAUUGGAAAGUUAUAUCUUUUAUCAUACAAUGGAAUACAGACUCUGGGAUGGGCAUAUCUCCUGUGUAAUUCGGUUUUAUAUUUUUUAAAUCGUGGUACACUUCAAGGAUUUUGGAAUGAAAUAAAAUGGACAGUAAUAAUAUUUCAAGGUGCUGCAGUUUUAGAAGUGGUACACUCGAUGAUCGGGCUUGUGUCGUCGGGAUUUAUGGUGGUGUUAAUGCAGGUGUACUCGCGCGUGUUUCUCGUAUUCGGUGUGCUGCUUAUCACCCAUGGUGGCGCCACAAGUCCUGGUCUGCCGCUCUGUGUGCUCGCCUGGUCAAUCACAGAGAUAAUUCGCUACUCUUACUACGGAUUGAAUUUGAUGAACGCCAUCCCUGAAACUUUGACGUUUUUGAGAUAUUCCACAUUCCUGAUUUUAUACCCGUUGGGCAUCACAGGUGAACUUCUAUGUAUGUAUCACUCUUUGGAUGAAGUCAAGGAGAAGAAGUUGUUCACAUCGACAAUGCCCAACCAGUGGAACUAUAUAUUCGACUACUAUUACUUUUUGAUUGUGUAUAUGCUUUUAUAUAUUCCAUUCUUCCCGUAUCUAUUCUCACAUAUGUUGUCACAAAGAAAAAAAGUUCUCGGUGGCGACAAACAAAAAAUUAAGUAACUAUUAAAUUGUGUUUAUUGAAAUGUUAUUUAUGUAAUAAAAAAUGGGUUGGGCCUAUAAUAUAAUGCAUUUUAUUGUAAUUGUGUUAAUUGACAUGACAAUAUUACAAUAAGUAUUUAAUUGUAUGAGGUGAAAUAUUAUAAUAAGUAUUUGAUUGUAUGAGUAAAUGGAAAUAAAGAAAAUGUGUAUAACUCGCUGGGUUUAUAGAUAUUGAGUAAGAGUUGCCUAACGCAUUUAUAUUUUCGCAAACGCUAUUAAAAUGUUUUAAUGUUCAGGUUAUUCAUUGUAUUAUACAACACUAACUUUUUAUGAUUUUCGCAUUAAAUUAAGAAGGGAGUUUUUAUCGCAUGGGACUUAAAAGCUAAGUAUUGGGCUCCUUAGUCGGGUACAUUUCAAAUCGCUGUGUCUUGGCACUGAAAUAAAUAAUGAAAUAGCGGCGGUUUUAGUUUAAUGGAAUAGAAUGGUUUUACGCUAUUCUAUAAUUCUAAACUAAAAUAAAUUUAGUAGUUUGUAAGUGUAUAAAAUAUUUUUGUAAUCAUUGGCUUACGGUGCUAAACACGGAUUUUUAUCUCCAUGAAUUUGUCAUACAGAUACUAAUUGUAACAUUAUUUUUUAUUACGUUCUGAAAUUUUUGUUUUAAUUUAUUGGUUACAAAUAAUUAUUUAAAUGGUUCUAUCAAAUAUAAUUCAAUAUAAUCGAAUGCAUAAUUUUCAAAAUACUAUAAAUAAAAUAUUAUUUAGCCACUUCCUGUUAGUGGGUCAUGUUUGGAAUCUCCAAUAAUUAUAACUAAAAUUGAUAUGUAAAAACACCCGUUUAUUUUUAUGUUUUGUUAUCAUUUCAGUUUCUUGUAUUGUUAUUACUGUGUCGAUGUUUUAUUUUUAUUUAUUAUCAUUAAAGUUUAAUUUUUAAAGUUGCUGUUGAUUUUUAUAGAUUGCCUGUCUGUUAAUAAAUGUUUAAAAUAAUUUACAUUGAAUAAUAAUCACUUUUCGAAGUGGUACAGGGUCUGAUAUGAUAUUUACGUUUAAGUUAAAUAUUUAUUAUAAUAGGUGAGGGGUAAUCAAAUAAAAGUUUUAAUACAAACUUAUAAUUGUUAUUUUAAUUAUCCUCUUCAGAAUAGGUAUG